AUGAUCAAUAUCACUGCCUUGCCUUUUCUCUUUUUUACUUCUCUUUUUCCAUAUCAACCUUUCUCUUUCUUUCUUUCUCCAUCCCCCAUACACUUUCUAUUCUUGCUGUUUUUUUUUCUCUAUCCCUCUUUUUCUCUUGAUUCUAUUUCAUUCUCUCUUAUAUCUCCCCUUCUUUCUCUUGUGCAUCUUGAAUCUUUCUCUUGCAUCUCUCUCUCUUUCUCCCACCACUUUCUCUCUUGCAUCUCUCUGUUACCCUCUUUAUCUUUUGAAUCUCUCUUCUACUCUCUUUCUCUUUUGUAUGUCUCUUUCUCCCCCUCUUCUCUUGUGCAUCUCUUUCUCUCCUGCAUCUCUUCCAUAUGUUUUCCCCCUCUCUUUCUGUCUUCAACCUCUCUUUCUUUCUUGCAUCUCUCUUUAUCAUGCUCCUCUCUCUUCUCUUUCUAUCAUUCUUUUACCAUCUUUUCCUCUUUCUCAUCUUUAUAUUUUUCCUUCUUUUCCUCUCUUACUAUCAUUUUUCAUGCUUUAAUCUUUUCUUUUUUGCUGUCCUCUGUUCUUUCUCUCUUUCCCAAUCUCUUCCUCUUCUUCAUCAUUUCUGAUUCCUCUUUCUCGUUUGUAUCUCUCUCUCUCUUUCCCUAUAUUUCUCUCUUGUAUCUCUCUUUUUCUCUCUCCCUCCCACUAUUUCUCUUUUGCAUCUCUCUUUCCUCUAUUUUUUUUGUCUAUCCUUUCCCUCUUGCAUCUCUCUUUCCUUUCAUCUCUAUUUUUUUCUCCAAUCUCUCUCCUUUCUUCAUCAUCUCUCUUUUUCCUCUUUCUCGCUUUUGCAUCUUCUCUUUCCUCCCUUUUCCUCUUGCAUCUCUCUUUUCCUUCUUUUUUCAUCUUCUCUCUUUUUCUUUUUCUCCUGCAUCUCUCUCUUUUCUCUCUUUUUCAUCUCUCUCUCUCUUUUCUCUUUUUCUCUCUCUCUCUUCUUUUCCUUCUCUUUUUCUCUCUCUUUUUUCUAUCAUCUCUCUCUUUUCUUCUCUUUUCAUCUCUCUCUCUUCUCUUUUUCCUCUUUUUUCUCUUGCAUCCUCUUUCCUUCUCUUUUUUCAUCUCUCUCUUUUCCUCUUUUUUCUCCUCUCUCUUUUUCUUCUCUUUUUCAUCUCUCUCUCUUUUCUCUUUUUUCCAUCUCUCUCUUUUCCUUCUCUUUUUCAUCUCUCUCCUUUUCCUCUUUUUCUCUCAUGCAUCUCUCUCUUUUCCUUCUCUUUUUCAUCUCUCUCUCUCUUUUCCUCAUCUCUCUCUUUUCCUCUUUUCUUCUCAUCAUCUCUCUCUUUUCCUCUUUUUCUCUUGCAUCUCUCUCUUUUCCUUCUCUUUUUCAUUCUCUUUUCCUCAUCUCUCUCUUUUCCUCUUUUUCUUCUCUCAUUUCUCUCUUUUCCUCUUUUCUUCUCAUGCAUCUCUCUCUUUUCUCUUUUUCUUCUUGCAUCUCUCUCUUUUCCUUCUCUUUUCAUCUCUCUCUUUUCCUGCAUCUCUCUCUUUUCUUCUCUUUUCUCUCUCUCUUUUCUCUUUUCUCUUUUCCUCUCAUGCAUCUCUCUUUUCCUUCCUCUCUCUCUCUUUUCAUCUCUCUCUCUCUUUUUUCUCUUUUUCAUCUCUCUCUUUUCCUGCAUCUCUCUCUUUUUUUCUCUUUUCAUCUCUCUUUUCUUCUCUUUUCAUCUCUCUCUCUUUCUCUUUUCUCUUCAUCUCUCUCUUUCCUUCUCUUUUUCAUCUCUCUCUCUUUUCCUCUUUUUUCUUCAUCUCUCUCUCUUUUUCCUUCUCUUUUUUCUCUCUCUCUUUUCCUCUUUUCUCUCAUGCUUCUCUCUCUCUUUUCCUUCUCUUUUUUCUCUCUCUCUUUUCCUUUUUUCUCAUGCAUCUCUCUCUUUUCCUUCUCUCUCUCUCUCUUUCCUCUCAUGCAUCUCUCUCUUUCCUCUUUUUCUCUUGCAUCUCUCCUUCUUUUUCAUCUCUCUCUUUUCCUCUUUUCUCUCAUCAUCUCUCUUUUCCUUCUCUUUUUCUCUCUCUUUUUCUUUUCUCUCAUGCAUCUCUCUCUUUUCCUUCUCUUUUCAUCUCUCUCUUUUCCUCUUUUUUCUUUUCUCUCUCUUUUCCUUCUCUUUUUCAUCUCUCUCUCUUUUCCUCUUUUUCUCUCAUGCAUCUCUCUCUUUUCCUUCUCUUUUUCAUCUCUCUCUCUUUUCCUCUUUUUCUCUCAUGCAUCUCUCUCUUUUCCUUCUCUUUUUCAUCUCUCUCUCUUUUUCUCUCAUGCAUCUCUCUUUUUCUUUUUUCUCAUGCAUCUCUCUUUUUCCUUCUCUUUUUCAUCUCUCUCUCUUUUCCUCUUUUUCUCUCAUGCAUCUCUCUCUUUUCCUUCUCUUUUUCAUCUCUCUCUCUUUUCCUCUCAUGCAUCUCUCUCUUUUCCUCUUUUUCUCUCAUGCAUCUCUCUCUUUUCCUUCUCUUUUUCAUCUCUCUCUCUUUUCUCAUGCAUCUCUCUCUUUUCCUCUUUUUCUCUCAUGCAUCUCUCUCUUUUCCUUCUCUUUUUCAUCUCUCUCUCUUUUCCUCUUUUCCUCUCAUGCAUCUCUCUCUUUUCCUUCUCUUUUCAUCUCUCUCUCUUUUCCUCUCAUUCUCUCUUUUCCUUUCUUUUCUCUCUCUCUCUCUUGCAUCUCUCUCUUUUCCUUCUCUUUUCAUCUCUCUCUCUUUUCCUCUUUUCUCUUUGCAUCUCUCUCUUUUCUUCUUUUUCAUCUCUCUCUCUUUUCCCUCAUGCAUCUCUCUCUUUCUUUUUCUCUCAUGCAUCUCUCUCUUUUCCUUCUCUUUUUCAUCUCUCUCUUUUCCUCUUUUUCUCUCUUGCAUCUCUCUCUUCCCCCAUCUCUUGCUAUCUUUUUCAUACUUUGCUCUUCUCACUAUUUCCCUAUGCUCUUUCUUAGAAUCCAUUAA